CCAACGGCGCUGACACUUGUUUUUGUGGAGACCAAACGUGGAGCAAGCGAUUUGGCGUAUUAUUUGCAAAAGGAUGGUUAUAAUGUGGUUGCAAUUCAUGGUGACUUGAAGCAAUUUGAGCGUGAAAAGCAUCUCGAGACUUUCCGUUCGGGAGCCGCACCAAUACUUGUUGCUACAGCUGUUGCUGCUCGUGGGCUUGACAUACCGAACGUGAAACAUGUUAUUAAUUAUGAUUUACCGACAGACAUCGAUGAAUAUGUGCAUCGUAUUGGCCGCACAGGACGUGUCGGAAAUGUUGGGCUAGCAACUUCUUUCUUUAACGACAAGAAUCGAAAUAUAGCGCGUGAUUUAGCAGAAUUGGUUGUUGAAGCAAACCAGGAGCUUCCAGAGUGGCUAGAAAAAAUGGCAACUGAUGCGCAGCGAUGUGGAACACGACCAAAUCGUGCGAAGGGAGGCAGCCGUUUCGGAGGUCGGGAUCAUCGUGUUCAGUAUACAGGAAGCGGUGGUCCUGGUGGGCCGCAUCGGCAGAAUGGAAUGAAUUAUUCAUCAGCCAGUAACCAGUGGAAUCAGCCACAGCGUGCUACUCGUGCUCCUCCGCAACAGGUUCAUUUUACUUUGCGCUUUUUGCUUCGAUCCCAUAAGCCAUCGUAUUCGUGCAGUAUUUGA